CUACAGGUGUAAAGGGGAGUUACUGCACAUUUAAAGCUUCACAAAAGGUAGACUUAUUGCAAGGCUUUUGUAUUUGAAUGCAUUAUUAUUAUUCGCCACAGAGUCUGACAGUUUAGGUUUCACUUUCUUUUCCUCAAAAAGAGAACCGUCUGUUUGUUUUCUCCAGUCUGUGCUUUAGCUGUUGUUAUUCGCCACGUCUACUCGCAGCGGUCAUCAUGCAGAUUGAACCAGGAAAACUGAGGUCGAGCGGCUUUGCAUUUGGAACUCCAGUUCCUUCACCCAUUCCUGCUGCAGUCUCUGCAGCAAGCGGCCUAGAAGGUGACUUUGCUACAUACGUCAGUUCAAAAGAGAAAAAGAAGAUUACACCUAUGUAUACAUUCCCAGUUACCAGCAAAGAUAUCAACAAAGAAGAAACACUAACUUCAACUAGAUGGAGCUCCUCAACUCUUAAACUCUCCUCAGCAGGUCAACCUAAGCUGGAGUCUCAAUGGAGAGACAUGGAGUGGACAGAAGAGCAAAAGACGAGCCUGAUGAAGACUGUCAGCUCCUACAGACCGAGCUGUCACGAUGUGACUCAGGCUCGGGUUCUCCUCCUGGGUCCGGUCGGUUCUGGAAAAUCCAGCUUAAUCAGUUCAGUCCAGUCUGUGUUUAAUGGAAGAGUCACCAACCGGGCCAUGGUGGGUUCCUCUUCGACCAGCUUCACCAAGAAGCUGCAGUCCUUCAACAUCCAUGGUGAGAAGGGAGAGGAUCCUACUGGACUGGUGCUGUGUGAUAUUAUGGGCCUUGGGGAUGGAGAGAUGACCGGACUGACCCUCCAUGACAUCCUGUCUGUCAUUAAAGGUCAUGUACCUGAGGGACACAAAUUUCUCCCAGAUCAGCCAGUGAGGUCUGAGACUGCGGGCUUUGUGAAGAGGCCAAGCCUGAAAGACAAGAUCCAUUGUGUGGCCUUUGUGGUGGACGCCUCUAAAAUCCUGACCUACCCUAAAGGCCUCAGCACCACCUUCAGGCAGCUCCGAAAGCACAUCAGUGACCUGGAUGUUCACCAGGUGGCUCUGCUGACCCACGUGGACGCAAUUUGUCCAGAAACGGCCAAAGAUGUCACCCAGGUUUACAAGAGCCACUACAUUCAGGACAUGAUGAGUAAAGCUGGAGCUCUGUUGGGUAUGUCCACCUCCUACAUUGUCCCGGUGAAGAACUACUCUUCAGAGCUGGAUCUGAACGUGAACACUGAUGUGCUGUUGCUUAGUGCUGUCGACCACAUCCUGCAGUAUACUGACCUGUAUUUCCAGGACAAUACACCACAACCCACAGGGCCAAAGAUAGAAUAAAAACAUUUCUGAGCAUUUGAAAUAUGUCUUUCAAACAAUAUUUAGAAAGUCAUCGGUCGCAAUGAUUUUUGGUUUAAUAUCAACAGUUAAGGAGCAACCUUAAGUAAGGGAUUUUGUGUGUGGGAUUUUAAUUUGUCUGGAUUUAGCGACUCAGAGUGGUCAUUUCAAAGCUACAGUAUAGUCACAUAAAAUGCCACAUAGUCGAUUUGAACUAUCUUGU